AAAGUGAAAUAAGUCAAAUACAAUGUAUAUCGACGGCAUAUCACAAAAAUUUGAGCACAUAAAUGCAUAAUCCUAUGUGAACUGAAGCGAGAGAUUUAAAACAAAACAGACAUUAUAGUUCCAACGGUUUAGCAAGUAGAAACAUAAUAAAUGUGGGUUGACAAAGUCUUAUUUCCAAUUCUUGUCAUAAAAAAAGGAUGAGAAUGUGGCCCAGCUUCUUUAUUUUAUCACCGCAGUUUUCCUCAAAUACGAACUUUUGCAGAUACUAUAUAUAUACAUACUAAUCAGUAGUUUAUCUGGGUAGUUCUUAAUUACAUGUUUCUGCAAAGAUUUUUUUUUAAAUAACAAUGGAGUUGAAGAAUAUGUUAGCUCUUGCUGCUCGUACUGGACGCCAUAUGCAGCGCUACAAUAUCUUUGGCCACCGCCAAGUAGUUGGAUGCAUUCCAUACAGAUAUAGAAGUCGAGGUGGAGCAUCUAUGGUGGAUGAGGAAGAUAUUGAAGUCCUUGUUAUAACUGCACAAAGAAAAGGCAAAGGGGUGAUGUUUCCAAAGGGAGGUUGGGAAAUUGAUGAAUCUAUUGAAGAAGCAGCGUUGCGCGAAACUGUGGAGGAAGCCGGUGUGGUCGGAGAUGUUGAGCAUAAAUUGGGGAAAUGGAGUUUCAAUAGCAAAAACAGGGAAACCUUCUAUGAAGGUCACAUGUUCCCAUUGCUAGUGAAGGAGCAGCUGGAAUUCUGGCCUGAGAAAGACAUCCGUCAAAGAAUUUGGAUAAGUGUUAGAGAAGCAAGAAGGGUUUGCGAAUAUUGGUGGAUGAAGGAAGCUCUAGAAUUACUAGUGAAUCGCCUCACCUCAGCCUCGCCGCCCAAAACAGAAGUGGUUAGCUUAGCCAGAGCCGCAGCAAAUGUUGCUUUGAUUGCAAACGCUUGAACCCAAACCACUUCCAUUUUCAAGAAAACGAUACCAGAUUUAGCACACAUGUAGCCAACUCUUGUUUCGUUUUUUUUUUCUUCUUUUUUUCCGAGUUUCUUGCAUGUCUUGUACAGAGUUAAAUUGGUUCAAAAUCCAGUUUUUUUAUCGAAUUUUAACUGGAAUUGGACUGAUGUGUUGUGGGUUGUGAUCAGAGGAUAGUGUGUUUUGAAAAAUGUGGGAGUUUGUUUCGUGUACUUUUCGUCAAGGGAAUUGAUGAAUAUGUAUUAGACAAUAUGAAUUCUGUUUUCACUUUGCAAA